CCUCCGCACCCAGAUGAGCGCUGGGGGGGCAUUUGGUGACCGUUCACCACUUUCUCAUCCCCUAAGUCAUGAUCCGGGGUGGUGUGGGCCGGGGGCCCGUGGCGCGUGGUCGCCCCUUGCGCCAUCGGGGCCCAGCGCAACCCCCCAGCAGGCCUGUGCAGCAGGAGGAGCACACGCAGGAACUGGAGGCGCUGCAGGCCCAGCUGGAGGCCGAGCGUCUCCGCUCCCAGGAGCUGCACCGCCGCUUUGCUGAUGAAAUCUGUGAGAUGAAGAAGACAGCAGAGCAGGAACGGCAGCUUCUGGCUGAGAAGCUAUGCUCCAAAUGGGAGCAGCAACGGGCACGGGAGCUGCAGCAGCUGUGGGAGCUGAGCCAGAAGCAGCGGGCAACAGAGAUCCGUCAGCUGCUGCGUGAGAAGGAGGCCAGGUGGCGCCAGGCACAGGAGUUGCUCCAACAGCAGCGGGACGACGCCAUCCGCCAGGCGCGGGAGCUGCGGCAGGAGCUGGCCAAGGAGCUGGUGAAGCACGGCUGCAGCAGCAGCAGCGAGGCCCGCAGCAAGCUGCAGGAGGUCCACAGGCAGCUCCACUGGCGGAAGGACAGCAAGCAGACCGCCCACAUCCUAAACCUGCAAAAUGAACUGGAACUGCAGAGAAAACUCUUCCAGCAGGAGAAGGGAAGAGCUGCGGGCGGGUGGGCGGUCACAGACGUGGGUGUUCAGGUCGCAGCGCAACAAGAGGCCUGUCCACCUGGCAGUGGAGAGAGCCAGCUGCUGGAGGAGAAAGCUCAUCUGCAGCAUGCCCUGGAGGACCUGCAGAGGCAAUGCAGUGUCCUUCAAGAGGAGACUGGCCUUCUGAGGAAGGAAAGCUCUCUGGAACUGCGGGAGGAGGUAGAGAGGCUCCAGCAGAAGACUGGUAUGCUAGGCCUCCUUACCAAGCACCUGCAAGAAAAAGACAGGCAACUGAAAGAGAUCGCCUUGAAAUCUGGAAAGACUGCUGCAAAGACAGAGCAGGUCGACCAGCAGCAGAGAGGGCAAUUGGAAACCGAGGCUGGGAAAAAACUUAGGCCUCACAAGAACCUGCAUCAGGAACGCUCAAGACUGCAGAAAAGGUACGAGGAGCUGAAAGUGCGUCUAACAGAGAUGAUAAAUGAAAAUGCCAGACGCGCAGAAGAAAAUUCUCAGCUCCGUGGGCAGAAGGAGCGGAUAGAGGAGGUUCGAUCUGACAACGCUGCUCUGAAGGGGGAACUUGUGCAAGUGACAGAGCAGCAAAGUUCUGCCAUGAGAGAGGCCAAACAUCUUCAAACGCGACUGAAAGAUCUGGGUUGUGAACUGAAAGCCAUGAGACAACUGGCAGAACGAAGGCAACAACAGGAGAACGACCUCGAGGAAACAAAGCGACUGCUGCAGACGAAAAAAGAGGAAGUUGAGCAUUUGCAGAGGGCUUGGGCAGAGCAAAGGAGGACACAUGAGGAAGACGCGCAAGUGUCUCAAGCGCAGCUGAGAGAAUUAGAGAAACAGCAUCAGCACCAAAGUCAACAAUGUGAGCUGCUCUCUCAGCAACUUGAGCAAGAAAAAAGAAAAAUCCAACCGUAUCGUUUCAGAACUACCACAGGUGACAUCUUCUCCCACAGCACAGGCCUAUGCAGAGCAGUCCCAUGA